CAGAUGAUAGGAGACUUCAAGGACCUAAUUUAUUUCCAUUCAUUAACAGUGUGUCAUCAAAUGGUUAAGUAGAUCUCCACUCCACCCACAAUCCACAACAAGUGAUCAAAGUUGAGGUAUUUUGAAGACAGCAGAGAUGAAGUUACUAGGUUGGAUGCACCGUAAGUUCCGCCAAAAUAGCAGUGAACCACUCAAGGAUUUUGCCAUUGGGCAUUCUUGUAAUUGUCUUACAGGGCAGUCAUCACUGGAUGAUCAACAAUUCUACUCAAAGCCAAACUACGGUACCAAGCCAUUUAGGCAACCACAAAGAGACCAUCUUCGAAAGUCUUUUGCUGGUGUAGAAGCAGCUCGGGUAGAAGAAGACUAUGAAGAAGAAUCAUCAUCAGCAAUAUCUGAGCUAUUCCACGGCUUUCUUGCCAUUGGCACCCUUGGUUCUGACCCUAACAUUCCUGAUCCAUCAACACCGACAUUUGCUAUCUCUGUAGAGAAUAUAACUGAAAAAGAAACUGAAGUAACAGAGAAUGAGUUGAAGCUCAUUAAUGAUGAGUUGGAGAAGGUUCUGGGAGCUGAAGUUAAAGAAGAAGGCUGCAAUGACUCAUCUGGAAGAAACAGUCAUGUCAGCACUGGAAGAAGCAGUCAUGGCAGCACAAUUACGCUUAGUGGAAAGCCAAUGGAAGGUCCAGAUACCAAUGGGAAUGGUACUAUAGUUUGUCCACUCCAAGGUUAUCUUUUUGGCUCAGCAAUUGAAUUAUCAGAAACAACUACAGUGGCAAAAAAGGAACACAGGACCUCACUGGGGGAGCUGUUUCAGAGGACUAAAAUAACAGAGGAAAAUUUUGGGAGUAAAUAUGACAAGGAGGAGAAGCGGCCAGAGAAGGAAGGAGAUAAAUCUGCGGUGCACAUUAUGAAAAAGAUGCUGAAGAAAAAAAUGCUUAAUGCUUCAAGGAGCUCGACUGCAGCUACUGGCGGAAAUAUUGAUUCUGCUUCAGCAGAAACAAAACUGCACAAGAUCUUACACAUGUUCCACAGAAAAGUUCAUCCUGAAAGCUCAACAGCCACAUAUAAGCAUGACAAACCCCAAAAGAAUGAGAACAAGAAAGGCAUCUUGUAUGAUGGAGGACAUGAGAAUGGAGGUCAUACGCUUGAAGACGAGGACAUAAUGUUAUUUCCUCAGAGAGCCCUUUCAAAAAACAUGCGACGCUACAAGAGCCAAUCUAACCCACCUCAAUUCACAAUAAGCUGCAAUGAUUCAAAUGGGAACAGGGAGUGCUGGAUCAAAACAGAUGCAGACUACCUGGUGUUGGAGCUCUAAAAGGCAGAAGCAACUUUCAAGUGUGGUUUUCAAAUUAUCAUCCCCAGUUAGUAAGAGUGAAGUUUCCUGUGUUUGUGAGCUUCUCUAUUAUUAUUAUUAUUAAUUAUUAAACUGGUAUUUGUGAGUGGCUAUUUUACGAAAGAGUUUGAAAUAAAUGAAGGAGGUCCUCCUCCUGAAACUUUACAUGUGAGGGUGCUUAAUGUAAAACUCUUAAGGCAUUAUUGUUUCCUACAAAGCAUAUCUCAAUUA